GUCCUGUGCUGCGCUGUCUUCUCUUGUGCAGUCGCGGAGCUAGCGGUCCUCACGUCCGAAUCCUCUGGCUAGAUCUCCUGGCUGGGGAGGAGGCGACGUAGAGAACUCGGAGGACCGAGCGAAUCCGAAUUCUAGAGCAUCUGGCGGGGGAAGCGGCUGCGGCGUCGAAAGGGACUGACUUUGAGAAGGGAUACUUCAAAGAAAAAAAAUGCCAUUUCAGGUGCUGAAUCGAGUUUUCAGCCAGGUACUACCAAGAUCUGCUUGCAGGUGUCCGAUUCCGAUUGUUCCUGUUAAGUUUUUCAGUAUUUCAGCUCGCCAAGUUCCAUCUGAUGCCAACUUUCAUUCUGCAUCAGUUUCUGACACUGAGCAUCCACGAGUACUAAUUACAGGAGGUCUUGGACAACUUGGAGUCGGACUUGCUAAACUUUUGAGGAAGCGGUUUGGAAAGGACAAUGUGAUCUUGUCUGACAUUAGGAAACCUUCUGAUCAUGUUUUCUACAGUGGGCCAUUUAUUUAUUCUGAUAUCUUGGAUUAUAAGAACCUUCGGGAAAUAGUGGUUAACAAUCGAAUCACAUGGCUCAUUCACUAUAGUGCCCUGCUAAGUGCCGUUGGAGAAGCGAAUGUACCAUUGGCAAGAAAUGUAAAUAUUACUGGUUUGCAUAACAUUCUGGACAUUGCAACAGAACACAGUCUGCGACUCUUUGUGCCUAGCACUAUUGGUGCUUUUGGACCUUGUUCCCCUCGGAACCCAACCCCUGAUCUCUGUGUUCAGAGACCUAGAACCAUCUAUGGAGUGUCCAAGGUUCAUGCAGAGCUCAUAGGAGAAUAUUAUCAUUAUCGGUAUGGCUUAGACUUCCGGUGCCUGAGGUAUCCUGGAAUCAUUUCCGCUGACUCCCAGCCUGGCGGAGGAACAACUGAUUAUGCAGUUCGGAUUUUCCAUGAUGCUAUAAGAAGUGGCAGGUUUCAGUGUUACCUGAAACCAGACACUCGGCUUCCCAUGAUGUACAUUGAUGAUUGCCUUAGAGCUACACUGGAAAUCAUGGAAGCUUCUGCAGAUUCUCUCCCCAAGAGAACUUACAACAUCAGUGCCAUGAGUUUUACCCCUGAAGAACUGGCACAGGAAAUUGUCAAGCAUGUACCUGAAUUCGAGAUCACAUACGAUAUAGACACAGUUCGCCAGGCCAUAGCUGAUACUUGGCCAAUGAAUUUUGAUGAUAGCAAUGCACGGAAGGAUUGGGGAUGGAAACACUACUACGAUCUUCCUGAACUGGUGACAACUAUGUUCAAUUUCUACACCGCUGAGUCCAGAGCUGUUCAUGCCAAUUAACCAGAAGUAAUGGUUACUGAGUCCCCAGGGAAUAUGAAAGAGAGAUUCUGAAAUUAGUUUACCAUGUUAUAAACCUUGUAGCUUGUGCAUUAUUUUGACUAAAGGAUGGUAGUUGGCUCUUGGGUUUAACAAUAGCUCACAUACUUGGUGGGAGACUUCUCAAACCAACUGCACAGUACUUUUAAAAUGUUCUUUUUUUCUGAUUUUAUUCUUUAUUAGUAUUAGUAAAGUAUUAUUAGGACUUUGAAGGAAUUUUUUUAGUCAGAAAUAUUUUUUAAUGAAAGACUAAAGACUUUACAGUUAAAUGUGAGUCUAUCAUUGGGAACUGAGGUGUAUUUUUUUUAAUCAAGAUUUUUUUAUUCUUAAUUUACAACACCCAGUUCCACA